AUGGAUAGCGAUGAGUAUAAAAAAGAAGUUGAAGCAAAUGUAAAGGCAGAAAAACUUUUACAGUUGCAAAACCAAACCGUACAGUAUGAAAACUUAGCACAAGAAAGUAAAAAUAACGACGCAGCCAUGCAAAAGGCAAUGAAAAGCGCAGAAUAUAUAAAAGCUAAUAAUGACUGGUUAGAUGCCCAAGCCAACGCCAAAGCAGCCCAACUUAUAGGGUCAAUAAGGACAAAAAUACAAGCGGAUGAAGACAGUUCAAAUGAAGCUUUAAUGAAUGCUGACUUUAAGAACGCCUUCGAAGCUCUUCAUAGUAAGGUGAAACUAGUGAACGACUUCUCAUCUGGAAAGAAACUGAAGUCUGAAGGUUUCGACAAAGAGUUAAGAGAAGUAGCACAAAAUAUGACGAAAAUAACAGAUGCAGCAACGAGACAGGCAGUUCAAAGUGCCUAUGACGCCGUUAGAGCAACUGUUGUGGAAAGUCAAGAAAAAGAGUUACAACAGACCAAAACAGACCUAGUAAAUGCUUUCUUAAAAACGAAAAGUCAGGUAGGACAUUAUGCUGCAGAUGGAACAUAUGUGCCAGCUGGUGGAACUUAUAUACCACCAAACCCUCCAAGAGAAGCACCUGCACCAGGACUACCUAAAACAUUUACAUCGUCACAUGGACACAGACACAGGCAUGCACCAAAACAACAACAACAACCAACAGUUCAAAAUCCAGCACCACAACCAACAGUUCAAAACACUACACAACAACCAACAGUUCAAAACCCUGCAUAA